GCCUGAUUGGUUUCUAGGUCAUAUGCCCACUGACCUCGGUUCGAACCCCUGUUAGCACCCUUAAGGGGUCAAGCCGGGCGGAGAACAAUCCUGCUGAGCGCUGCGGAGCGGUCGCGAGUUCGAUUCCUGGAGCAACACCGGAAACCUUGGAAAGGGAGGUACCCUAGCUCUGCGGUCCGAAAGGGGGUGUUGAGGAAAUGAUGUGUCGGCCCGCAGGUGGACACCCUCAGCUAUAGCCUGAUUGGUUUCUCAACAAGGGGGACGAUCCAUCCGCGAGCUUGGAUUGCAGACCUCCAGUUUUCGCUUUUCGCUUCCGACGGCGUGUCUGCGUGUCGGCCAUGAAGAGGAUCUUCCGUCGGCCGCCUCGCGGGCGGCCCGGCAUGUCGCCAAAGACCAGCGGCAGCACCAGCAGCCUCCCCGACAGCAGCUAUCAUCACUACCGCAGCCUCCCCGACAAGGCCAUGUCGUGUGUGUCCACCACGGGCAUCGGCUCACAGGACUCGGACAGCGGCGAGGCAUUCGAUUCGUUCGCAGACUACGUCUACCAGGUGUGGGGAUUCUACUUCGCCUAUGCCGCGAGCAGCUAUCUGCUGUGCUGCGCGCAUCUGGCCGUGGCGCUCGCCCUGCUGGCGGGACAGGUGAGUGCAAAGACGCACACACACACACUAACUCACAUCAAAACACAUGUUGUUGUUCUGCGUGUGUGUGUGUGUGUGUGUGAUGGCCACUGUAGCUGGCGGUAGCAGCGGUGUGCUUGAGCGUGCCCCUUCUGUGGCCACUGGUACGGUUGUGCUGAGAACAUACGUAUGUGUACUUGACGUGUGUGUGCACUCACCACACACAGGUGGUCCUGUUCCUCCGCAAGCGUUACGACAUCUACAUUAAGAGGAGGGACGAGAGCCUCAUCGACUUCGCAAAGAUGGAGACUCCCGCAAGUACGAAGGAAUAGAAUUCUUGCCAUUUGUGUGUGUGUGUGUCCACGCGUGUGUGUGUGCAGGUCUUGCCGACUGCAUGAGUGCGGAGCUGCGUCCCGAAGAGAUGGGCCGGUUCGUCACGCGAGACCGCCUGUCGCUCACUUACGAGGUCUUCGGAAGGUGCGCCUGCACCAUCUGCACACUCACCGCCACAGCCACAAACCAGACACGGCACAACAGGUCUGUCUUUUUGUAUGUGUGUUGUGAUGUAUGAUGUGUGCAGUGGCCCUGCGGCGAUCCUGCUGUGCAAUGGCGUUAACUGCAGCUCCAUGCUGUGGGCCAAGAUAUACGAGCACGUGCAGAAGGGUACACAGACACAUCACACGACGGACACACACCCCCGCCCCACCCUGCACAGAUCUAAUCUACGCCAAUGGGUGCGUGCAGUGUUUGUGCGACACACGAACGAUCUUGCUUGCAGACAUGCCUGACUUCAAGACCAAGUAUCGCGUGGUUACCUGGAACUACCGCGGGCUGUUCGGCUCUGACCAGCCCAAACACGGAAAUGCCGGCAAGUAUGUGUGUACUCAUUUAUGGACACACGACAGAAUGCGAUGGAUGCACGUGUGUGUGACACGAAUGGCUGGUUCAGGUGCAGUGUGCACCAUCUCGUGGACGAUGCUGUCGAUCUCAUGCACACACUCGGUCGGUAGUGCACAGACUUCACACACCGACCAACACACAACACACACACAUCCAUCUGUGUGUACCGUAGGUGUGCGCCGCUGGCAUGCGGUGAUGGGGUGGUCGACAGGAGUGCAGGUGGCCGGACAGGUGAGUGAGGGGUGCAUACAAACAAGAACCAAGACGCAACUCCACACAACAGACAGGUGCACACACCCCCGCGUGUGGCCACGUGUGUUGAUGCAGCUGGCGGCUUCAUACCCCGAGUUUGUGGACCGCGUCAUCCUCUGCAACGGCAAUGCAGGCCAGACACUCACCACGGUCGGUCAGUCAGUCAAUUCAGCGCACAGAUGGGCGUACACCCCUUGUGGAUGGAUGGAUGGAUGCAGGCCUUCAGUGUGCUGCCGUUGGUAGGCAAUUUCGUCCUGGGUCGGCUGCUGCACCUGCUCAUCUUCGCCAUUAGAUUUGCCAUCUGCCCAUACCCACAGGCGUACGCAGGCACCAUGCCAUGGACACGUCCGUGUUUGCACCCACAAGCAUACUUACGUGUCACGUGCCGUCCGUGUGCAGGUAUGCGCGUGUGGCGGGUCGCUACAGGCGUGCCGUUCUGUGGAUGCGCAAGUACCUGUGGCACCCUAUGGGCAUUCUACACGGCAACCCGGCCUUUGAGUGGCUCUUCGCACUGGUGCGUUAGCGCACGGGGGAUAGAGAGGGGCAGGAAAGCAUCUGUGAGUGUGAGUGUGUGUGAGUGUGUGUGAGUGUGUGUGCAGAACUGGUGGGACUUGUUCGGCAACGGGCCGGUCCACACCAACAACACGGGCAUCAUCCUGCAGGUGACGUGACGCCCGCAGACAUGGCACUAUGGCACCCGUGCAGUGCAGUGCAUGUCCGUCUGUGUGCAGGCGCUGGAUAGCCAUUCGAUGGAGAUGGUGUUGCCUGAGGUGCAGACGCCCGUGCUGAUCAUCACAGGAUUGCUGGACAUCAUGACGCCCGCCUUUCAGGUAGACACGCACUCACAAAAGCGGCUCCAUCCGUCCAUCCAUCCAUCCAUCCGUUUCUGUGUGUUCUGCAUUGAUUCGCGGAUGUGUGGAUUGCAGUCCUAUGGGAUGGCGGGUUUGCUGCCCAAGGUGCAUCUGGUGCCCUUCAUGGGCGGCUCACACCACUGCAUACUGGGUAGGUAUUGUCUCACACACACACACACACACCAUCGUCCAUGUGCGUGUCUCAUCCCACUCCCCUGUGUGUCGCAGAGUACCCCCGGGUGUGUUCGUCCCUGAUAACGGAGUUCAUCGAGUCGAGCUGGGGCGCAUUCAGGGCCAACCACUCCGGAAAGAUCCGACUGAAGCCCGUCAUGGAAGACAAACCGUUGACGGCCUGAUUGAUGCCUAGAUACACUCCCGUAUUGGGUGGCUAGCGGAUUUUUUUUCGGCCGCCAUGCCUCCCUUUCUGCCAGAUGUCUGUCUGUCUGUCUGUCUACUUGAGUGUGUAUGCCGAUGUGUGUAUGUGUGAUGUGUACCCGUGUGGCCAGCGAGGAUGGGAGCGCACACGAGCGGACCGAUCACCACACACCAUGCACGCGAUGUGUUGGUUGUGCCGUGCCUCCUCCCUUGUCCCUUUUGUAAGUAGGGC